AGGGGGGUAGCGAGAGAGAGGGGAGAGAGGACAGGGUAAGUUCGGAGAGAAGGAAAAGAGACAGAAACUCUCCGAACCUCGUCUCCAGCGACUUUACCUAUGUAAGGUCCUGGAAGGAAAAGAAGCAAAGCUUGGCAUGAGAACUAACUCCGCUAAAUGAAUUUUAAUUCCUGCCCUGCUUCACCUCCUCCAGUUUCUCUCCCUCUCUCUCUCUCUCUGGCACGGACUGAACAAACCUCCACUCCACUCCGGAGGUUCCAAGGAAGUUUCUGGACGAAAAAAGCCAAUCAGACAACAUUGCUCAUACCUGCUCUGCGGGAGGAAACAUCACUGUACACCCCACUUUAUAAUCUUCCUCCUUCCAUCUGUCCAUCAUGACCUUGCUGGCCUCUGAGAGGUCGCUGCUCAUUCGGAACAAAUUUCGCUCAGUUCUACAGCUGAGAAUACAGAACCGCAGACAACAGAAAGAGCUAAAUGCUACCGCUGCAGGUGUGAAUGCCUCCUGCUCCGACAAAGUAGGGGAGAAAGAGGCCAACAGUGCAGUGCACCAGACAGUGGAUGGCUCCUCUCUGAAGUCGCCCCCUAGUGCUCUGACUGCUGAAACUGCACAAGACAGGGCUACUUGUGGUGCUCAGAGACAGAAAAAAGCUCGUCUGACUGAGAAUGUUAGUGAGAAGAUCCCAAGGCAACCUGGAUCUCUUGAGCUUGUCCAGAAACAGAUUAUACCAAUAGAAAACACCCCCGUUUCCUUCACCUUACCCUCAGAUGUCUUUGAAGACGACAUCUUAUCUUGCUCCUCUGCGUCUCCCGAGCAACUCGGGAACCACCAAUCCCCCAGCUUCUCCUCAUCACCGGGGCUGAGCAGUGACCAAUUACUAAGUGAUGGGUCACCUGUUUCCACGCCCAUCAACCACAGCCCAAGCAGCAUUCAGCAGUGCAGCUCAGCCGUGUUCACACCAUCCGAAGGCAUCAAUGAAUCAGUCACCGUGACGACUGCAGGGUCGAACUCCACAGCAAUGACUGGGAGACCCAAAGGGAUGUACACGCCCUCUCAGACAUCACUGCUGCCAAAGACAGCUCAGCCCCCAACACCACCCACUCAUUCCAUUCUGGGGGGUUCCUUACCCUCGCCUCGCCCUCCAAGGCCACGGAAGCCCCGCGAAUGCAAGCCUAAAAUGAGGAAGCUGAAGUACCACCAGUACAUACCACCAGACCAACGGGGAAGCAACGGAGGGCCUUCUGGGAACAAUUCCCAAAAGAACAGCGCCUCCCAGGUUCAGCCUAUCGAUCCAGCAUACUCCCGCCUGGUGCACCAGCAGCAGGUUUUCCUACAACUGCAGAUCCUUAACCAGCAACAACAGCUCACAGUGACAACCAGUGAGGACCAGGCAGUGAGGUUUUCUGGGGCUGGGCUUCAGCCUGCUCCCCCAGCAACAAACCCCACCCUCCUGAAAGCAAGCUCCCCUCAAAAGCUAGAAUUACUGCCCCCAAACCUUGAUGAUCUAACGGUGUCCGAACUCCGACAGCAGUUACGUAAACGUGGACUCACGGUGUCCGGCACCAAACCUGCUCUAUUAGAGAGACUCCGGCCCUUCCAAAUGCCCCGCCCUCAGCUAACACCUGCCCCUUUCUGCCUGAUAGAAGGAACCAUAAACCCAUCUCCCCCACCCAGCCACAGCCCCACUAAUGCAGACUCGUCCUCCAGCCCAUCACACAUUUACAUCCAGUCGUCAGAAAUACUGGAACAAGGCUUGGUCGGUGCUACCUAUCUGACCCCCUCCCCUUCUUCUGCCGGUUCAAGUCCAAACCUGCAAGCGUCCUCACCUCCAGUGCCCUCUGGUGCCUUUUGGAGGACGGAGCAGGCAGCAGAGGAGCUGAGCGUGGAGCUGGAGAUGAGGGAGAGGAUUAGGAGCAGACCCCGAGAGAAAAAACAGAGUGAAGUAAGACAGCCACGUGGUUCCUUACAUCCCUUCCUGCAACAGGAUCCUGGAUGUUCCAGAGGAAAACCAGAAACAGAGAAACAGGAAAUGCUGUUCACACCAGCUCAGGUCUUCUCCUGUCCGCCGUGUGAUAAUAUUGCUCAGGAUUUUGAGCUCCCCAUGCAAAUCACAGCCAGUCCCGAACAAGCUCCGCCGCCCGCUGAACGCAGUCUGGAGGAACUACUGCAGGAGGCCAUUCAGAAAGUACAGAUGGACCCACAUGAAUCCAUUGAUGACAUUUUAGAAGAUCCUGUUACCUAUUCUGAUAAUGCUCCUGUUACCUCAGAUCUUCAGUCGUCCAUCAGCACCCUGACAGGUUCCUCUCCAACCCCACCACCCGACCAAUUACCACCCACCAACUUGAAAGAUGAAACUGGCCUGUCAUCUCCUCUUUGCUCCUCACUCCUGCUGGAGCUCCCACCCUCCCCUGCCUGUACUCCCACCCUUAAUCCCAGCCCUGUUUGUCCUCCUCCACCGCCUCCCGUUUGCACCACUUUUCCUCUAAGAUCUUCCACCAGGAAGAGGAGGUCUGCGGUGCCUGCGUUUGACGCUGCUGAUUGGCUGGAAUCCCUGACCUCCGGCCUGCACCCUCUCACGCCUCCGGCUGCACCGUUCGUGGAGAGCGACUUCAGCCUGGAUUCAGACCUGAACAUAAACCGGGUGCUCGACCUGAUGGUGGAGCAGUGGUGAGGGCUAUCAGUGCGGUGUGUGUGUUCACGUGUGCGUAAUGCUUCAUGGGUAAUUACCUGCUGUUUAAAUGGUGACCCCUGAAGAGGUGACCCCUUAUUCUGUCAUCUGUCCCUUCCUUUACCAUCCAUCCAUCUCUGUCCGCUGAUGUGACCAAAAUGAUUCUGACUGGUGUCGACAACGACUCUCUGCUCCACGCAACGUCGGGAGAGAGAGGGCGUGCGAGGCCGAGCGAGUGAGUGAGUAAAUGAGAGUGAGAGAGUGAGUGAGACUGAGAGUGAGCACACAUACGCAUGUAUUUAUUAAACAAAACAAUUCCUGCAGAUAUAUACCCCCUCCCUCAGUGCCAGACAAACUGUCGGCAUGGGGCGAGCACGCGUGUCUGCGGGGGCCCGAGCAAGCUGGGCCGCUGUACGCAGGGAAGUGAAUGCGCUCCCUGUGUUUGUACGCUUUUCGCCGCUGCUUAUUUUAUGUGUUAGCGUUCGCGCACAUUCGCUGAGAUGUUAUUUAUCUACAUCGUGAGGAAGUCGCCUCAGGCGCCCGAAUGCACUGGUUUCCGUCUGUGUGUGCUGUACAGUUUCUUUCCAGAUUAAACAAAAGAUUCUUCUUUAUGUUUUAUAAUGUAGGCAUUAAAACAGCCUUAAUCAUUUAAGUGGUGGUUUAUAGUCCUCCAGAGGCAGAUUUAAAAGGUUUUUACAUAUAGUG